AUGGUGCUGACUCACAUCUUUCCUUUAGGAGACGUUCAAACUGCAUACGCUGUCACUGUACCUUUAUGGUCACCACUCUUGCAACUUCGCAACUGCAUUUGCUUUAGUCAAAAAGGUGCCAGAGAUCUUCCCAGUAUACUGAGUGGGGGGGAUCUCGAUGGAGAUCUUUACCAUGUAAUAUUUGACCCAAAUGCGAGGCUCACGCGGCCCACAUAUCGCCCUGCAGAAUACUCUCGACAAGUUCCCCGAGAACUAAAUCGAGCCGUCGAACGGGAAGACAUGACGAAGUUCUUUAUUGAAUUCAUGGAAACUGAUCAACUCGGUCGCAUUUGCAACGCUCAUAAGAUGAUAGCCGAUGGAAGUUUAGAAGGUAUUAUUGACCCCCGUUGUAUCAAGCUGGCCGAAAUGGCAUCUACUGCUGUUAAUUUUUCCAAAACGUGAAUUCCUGUAGGCCGAUUCUCAUCUCCUAUCACUGGUUCAUUGCUGAUUUUGAAUUCGUCGUAGGUGAGAAUGAAUGA